UCUUUUCACGUUCGUGGCAACAACCUUCAUUUUGUGUUUAAUCAUGUCUUCUAUAGUUGAGUUAAUAGCGAAACAAGCGCAAGCUACUUUUUCUAGAAGUAUAACGGAAGAAAGUUUCUUGGAAAAUUUAACCAAACUUAUAAAAAAUGUAAACAAAGUACGUGCGUCUGAUUUAAAGCUAAAUAAAGAUACGCUACGGACGAUUAAUAGUGAUAAUGACGACAAACGUUUAGCCCCUGUGACUUACAUUGAAGUCGCAGAAAAUAAAACAUUUUCUAUGGGUAUAUUUCUGUUAAGAAGCGGAGCAAGAAUUCCUCUUCAUGAUCAUCCUGGUAUGCAUGGUGUAUUAAAAGUCAUUCAAGGUACCGUCAAAAUUACCUCAUAUAGCGCAGUGUCCAAGGUUCCCUCUGAUAUUAAGCUACCUCAAGAUAUUUUUAAUAGAGUUAAAGGAGUGCAGAAAGAGCGAUUGAUUCCUGUUGAGAAACACUCAUCAGGAAGUGUCACAGAAAAAGAUGAACCUUGUGUUUUGAAACCCAAGGAAGGUAAUUUUCAUGAAAUUUGUGCUGUUGGUGGUACAGCUGCUUUCUUAGAUAUUCUAGCACCUCCUUAUGAUAUGGAUGAAAGAGACUGUCAUUACUAUGUUCCCUUGGAAACAAACAAGACCGAUUCUGAAGUUAAAUGUUGGUUGUUGCGAACAACUCCACCAUCUGACUUUUGGUGUGAAUCUGCUGAUUAUACUGGUCCUAAAGUCACUUUAUAAUCAAUCCUCUGUGACACUGACAGUUAUAGAGAUAAUAGUUAGCAGAUUUGAUGCCUGCUUUCCUUAUAAAGUGAAUUGUUAAUAUCCCACUUUGUCACACGACAUGAUGAGCACUCUUGCACAUGGAAAAUAAUUCAAAAGCAGUGUUGUUCUUUAUUUGACAUCUAUUUGCCGUGGCAAUGUACAAAAUUUUUAGAUAGGAUAUAUUUAAUUCUAUACAAUGUAAAGCACAGAUGUAUAAAGUGGUGAAUAGCUUGUAAAUUAUUGAAUUUAUUUGUGAUUGGUCAUUUAAUCAAUAUUUUUAUGCAUGGCUGGGAAUCCAUAAAUUAUUGUUUACUUAGUAGUGAGCAUUCUUUUUCUGUUGUUUCUGCUGAUGAAAAGUAAUUCAUAUUAAGUCAUGUUUGGACUAUGAUUACCCAUAAAUAAGCUUAAUUUUGACAGUAUGAAAAACAUACCCAGUUAAAAUAAACUAAAUAAUAUAUUUCAUCACUGUUAUGUCAAGGUAGGAUGAUGGGACUUUUUUAAUUGAUAAAUUUUGCUUAUAUUGAUUAAUGUAAAACUGUCUCUUCUGAGAAGAUACUCUUUAUGUUAUUCUUUUUAAUCAUAUGAAUUCAUUGCAUCUAUUUGUGGGGAUAUAGAAAUGAAUAUUGUUUUACAAGGAUAAUAAUUAUGUAUUACCUUUUUUUGUUUUUAUGAAAUAAUAAUUAGUUUAUUCAUUGUUAAUAUCAGUUCUGUAUGAAUUUUGCAUCUCAUACGUUGUUUUAAUAUUAAAAAAAAAAAAAAAAUUGUAUUUCAUUAUUGUAUCUGUUAAAGAAGCUUAAGCACUCGUUGUUGGAAAGAAAAAUAUAUUAAUGCCCGGUCUUAAUAAGCAAUUCAUAUUUUAGAUUAUUGUACACUGUAUCCAUUUACAAAAUUAGUUUUUUAAUAUAAGCCCAGUGAAGUAUUGCAGAAUCAAUGGUUAUUUUUGUAUAAAGUCAUUUUGUGCAUCAUUUUCUUUGUUAAACAAAUUUUUUAUUUGAAAAUUAAAUAUUGUGAGAAAUGUUUAGUUUUAACAAAAACUGUUGUGAGUUUAUUCUCAGUUGAAAAAACUCAUAUUUAUUUAUUAUUAUAGUAAUUGGAAUUGAAUUUAAAUGAAUAUUAAUUUUUGUAAUUAUAAUAUAUUGCACUGUAAAGAAUAAAAACAAAAAUAUCCUAUGUGUUUAAUUUAAUUGAAGCAGUGGCCCUAACUUUCCCUUCAAGUAAUCAUUUAUUUUGAAAAAAUAACUUUAUGCUCUGCAAAAUGUAGAAUUUAUCCAUUUUGAAAGCUCGUUUCAUUUAUAAUCAGGUUUU